AAAGCAAGAGAACAGCAACAUGCAAGAUGGAGAGAGCCAGGAAGCCAGACUCUUUCAGAACAUUAGCAUCAAGCAAGAGUACUACCAGCCAUUGCAGGAGGUCGGCCUCCAACUCCACACCAGCCCCUACUUCAACCACAACAGCAACACCCCAAUCUGCAUAGAGAUCCUUGACAACCAGCAGAGUACCCAAGAGAUUGCCAGUGAAAGAACUGAAGUGGGGGACUGUGAUGUAGGUUCGCCUUCUGAUAGCAUAGAAUCGAUCCAACCAAAGAAAACAAAGAGGAAGAAGCACAAAGUUAAAGUGGAGGAAAAUGGGACAAUCGCUUUACAGGAUAUAGUGACAGAAGCACCAAAGAGACCAGCCUUAGACUUGGGAUCAGAUAACAUACCUCUCAAGCAGAAGAAGAAGAUAGACCGAUUUGACGGCAUGCCAGAGGAGGAAGUUGCCAAGAAGUUCCUCCCCGACCACUUGGGACCAAAUAUGGACAUCCUUAUUAUUGGCAUAAAUCCCGGGCUCUUCGCUGCCCACAAGGGUCAUCAUUAUGCAGGACCUGGCAACCAUUUCUGGAAGUGCAUGUACCUGUCAGGAUUGAUCCCUGAGCCCUUCACAGCGUACGAUGACUUCAGAUUGCUCGACUACGGCAUAGGCUUCACCAACAUGGUGGCCAGAACAACAAGGGGCUCAGCCAACCUAACGAGAGAGGAGAUUAAAAAAGGGAGUGAGAUUCUUUUAACUAAAUUAAAGCAGUACCAGCCACGAAUCGCUGUGUUCAAUGGUAAGGGCAUAUAUGAGAUAUUUUCUGGCAAGAAGCAGUUCAACUUCGGAAAACAGCCAGAGAUGGUUGACGGAACAAAUACACACAUAUGGGUCAUGCCUUCCUCAUCUGCAAGAUGUGCCCAGCUCCCGAGGGCUCUGGACAAAGUCCCCUUUUACUCCGCGCUUCGCAAGUACCGCGACUACCUGAAGGGCAUUAUUCCCGAAGUGGACGAAGAUGAGAUAACCUUUUCACAUGUGAGACUAUCCAAUCCCAAGACGCCAGUGAAGCAAGAGGUGAAGUUGGAGCAGGACGACAUGGCAGAACCAAAGAAAACCUUCAAUUCCGAGUCGGCAAGGGCUCUCAAGGCCUUCAAGGGGAAUAUUAAGAGUGAGCAAAAUGAAUGCAGCAUAAAGUCAGAAAAUCCAUCUUAACAUCUUCAUGCUUAGUCCAAAGUAAGUUUUACAGUAUUGAGAGGGUGAACAUGGGCCAUGAGAUUCUUGCAAGGGGUUUUUUACCUUUGGCAAGAGAGGAUGUAGCAGGAACUGUGUCUAUAAUUUUCUCUUUUUCUUUUCUUUUGUUUUCUUUCCCAUAUCCCUUUAAAUUUUUCCCCAUAAUGUUAACAAUUCUCUUUUAUCAACCAGGUGUGUACUUUCUCACACAUCACUUUUCUAUUCGUGUCUCUUUCUGUAGCAACUUUGAUUUUCCAAUGGAGUGAUUAGCAGAACCUCAUGCUUUGUAACCCCUCAUUGAAGGUAAAUGAGUAACCAUGUGUAGGGAUCAAUUAUAAACUAUGUAGCUUUAAUGAGACCUGUCACUCUUGGGCACGGGUCUAUGCAGGACCUAUAUACCUGUUUUUUUUCCCUUUGUGAGGGAGACUUAAAAGUACCUUUUAUUACUCUUCAUCUUCUGUGUGCAACCUACUAGUAAUCUCAAAAGAUGCCAGUGCACAAAGAUAUUGAUAAAAGGAUUACUGUUGGGAGAGAAAGAGGAGGACGGCACUGUGGACCAGCCUCUUGCCUCUCUUUGCAUUUUCUUUCUUUCUUUUGUUUGAAUUGAAUUUAGAUUUCCAGUUCCUCUUCUUUUUGUGGGGGGGGAGAACCUCCUCUUCCUUCUCUUCCUCCCUUUUCCCCCCCCCUCAAAAGCUCUGGUAUAUGCGUGUACAUGCAUUAAAAUGAGAGAGGAGGGGGGGGUUAAAGUAGCUUGAUAUACCCAUUAUUGAUACAAGAUGUUUGAAGAUCCAGAGUGAUUGAUAGAUGGAUGUGUUGUAUUCUCUUGAGGUGAAUAUGACAAAAAAUGUGGUAAUUAAGAAAUUUAUUGGUUGAUAAGAGAAGUAUUUAUAGCUUCCGGGUUUGAAGCUGUCGAUGGAAUAGGUAGAAUGAGGUUGGGCAGAUUAUGUAUGAAUACUCCAUGAAUAUUUAUGAUUUGUGUAUGUGUAUAUCCUGUGAGUAUAUGCUAUAGUAGUUUAUAAGAUUUUUUUUUUUUUUUAUCCUUUUUUUUUUCUUUUGGGGAGUUAUGUGAACUUGGUGUUGUGUAUGUCAUUAGUAUUUUAUUUAUUUAUCAUAACAAGUUCUUGUAAUGAAAGCAAGAAGAGGCCAUUAAAUAAUAGAUUUGUAGAAAAACGGUUACAAAUAAGUGCAAUUAAUUGAAUAGAAUAAGAUUUAAAAUUUUAGAUUUCUAUUACUUAUUUAUUUAUUUAUUUACUUAUUUUAUUAUCAUUAUUUUUUUUUUUGAUUGAUGAUAUAUAUAUAUAAUUAUAGAAAUGAGGAGUUUCUAUCUGUUUUAUGUGAUCAAACUGACUUAUUUUGCUGAUCUGAUUAUCCUAUGAUUUGCUGUAAAUGACUUUGGAGUUCAUGUAAAAAAAAAAGGAAAAUGUAAAAAAAAAAAAAAAAGUUCUAAUAUGUGUAAUUCUAAAAGGUUAUAUUCUCCUUUGUGUUUAUUUUCUGAUGAUCCUACAUCUUUGAUUAUUUAUGUGUUUUUUUUUUUU